UUUUCACCGUGUUCGGUUUUACGGUGGUUGAAAGAACUGCUUUGCAAGUCGUACUUGGAAAUUAAUUUAAUCUGUAAUGUUUGCCAAGUUAUUCCAAAAACCCACUCAAUCCCAGCUCUCUUCCCAGGGGGAUCCGAGACAAAUCAUGGCCUCACCCGACUUUGCACCACGUGUUGUUGCUCACUAUGGUAUUCCGUCGACUGCAUCAAUUCUUGGUUAUGAUUCCAUCCAGCGGCUCUUGGCUGUAGGGACACUGGAUGGCCGGAUUAAAGUGGUCGGUGGUGACAACAUUGAAGCUCUUCUUAUAUCCCCAAAGGCCUUACCCUUUAAGAACCUAGAGUUCCUUCAAAACCAAGGUUUUCUAGUGAGUGUUUCAAAUGAAAAUGAAAUUCAGGUCUGGGAUCUGGAGAAGAGAUGUAUAUCCUCAAGUGUAAAGUGGGAGUCUAAUAUAACUGCAUUUUCUGUAAUUUCUGGUACCAAUUACAUGUAUGCUGGAGAUGAGUAUGGCUUUGUGUCCGUGCUCAAGUAUGAUUUUGAAGAAAGGAAUAUCCUCCAAUUACCAUAUCAUGUUCCUCCAAACCUUAUUGCUGAAGGAGCAGGGAUUUCAUUGCCUGAUCAUCCAUCCAUUGUCGGUGUGCUCUCCCAACCAUGUUCUUCUGGGAAUAGGAUGUUGAUUGCAUUUCAGGAUGGAUUGAUUAUUCUAUGGGAUGCUACUGAAGAUAAGGCUAUUCAUAUAAGAAGCAAUAAGGAUCUUCAACUGCAGAAGGGGACAGUUGUGAAUUUUGCAAAUAACGAGAGCCAGACUUGCCAAACUGAUAUAUUAGAAGAUGAAGAAGUAGAGAAGGAAAUAAGCUCUCUCUGUUGGGUAUCCUCUGAGGGAUCUGUGUUAGCUGUUGGCUAUGUAGAUGGAGAUAUUCUACUAUGGGAUCUGUCAGUUCCUGAGAAUGAUAAAGGUCAGAGGACUGAAAAGGCACAUGUAGAUGUUGUUAAGGUACAGAAAUCAUCGGGAGACAGGAGACUUCCUGUCAUUUUCCUCCGUUGGUCUUCCAACAAUGAACAUAGCUGUGGAGGUCAACUUUUUGCUUAUGGUGGUGAAGACAUUGGAUCUGAAGAAGUAUUAACGAUCCUCGAUCUUGAUUGGUCUUCUGGGUUGUCAAAAUUAAAGUGCAGUGAGCGAGUGGACCUCAGACUCGAUGGAUCUUUUGCAGAUGUUCUCGUGAUGCCAAAUGCUUACAAUGCAAAGAACAAUAAGGAAAAAUCAUUAUUUGUGCUGACCAACCCUGGACAGUUGCACUACUAUGCUUAUGUAUCUGUAUCUGCCUUAAAGCCCGAGCGAGGAAAAGAUCAUUCCGCACAUACGUUACAAUAUCAGUCAGUCAUACCCACUUUGGAACCGUAUAUGACUGUGGGAAAGCUCUUUGUGAUUGAUUCAGAGAGAAAUAAUCUUAAUGCACUUUCACAGCAUUAUUCAGAGAGCAUCCUAGCUGGCGAGGGGACAAAGUGGCCCAUCACAGGUGGUGUUCCUUAUCAAAAGGCUGCAACAUCAUGUUGUAAUAUCGAGAGAAUAUACAUAGGAGGUUAUCAAGAUGGAUCUGUUCGAAUUUGGGAUACCACAUUUCCAGUUGUGUCACUUGUUUCUACUUUGGGAUUUGAGGCAACGGAUUUUCAAGAGUUGGGAGGUAGUGUGGCGAUCUCUGCACUGGAUUUAUGUCAUGAUAAUUUAACUUUAGCUAUUGGCAACGAAUCUGGCACGAUUUUCCUUUGUAGGCUACAAGGAAACACAAAUCAACCAUCUGUUACCGUUGUAACUGAUACCAAACAAGAAGUUCACCAAUAUAAACCUGAAGAGAAAAGCCAUUGUGACAUCAUAUAUUCAAUACUUAACACCUGUGUUCGUGCCCUGCACUUUGCAACUUCUGGAGACAAACUCAUUGCAGGAUUUGAGUCUGGACAGGUGGCACUGUUUGAUAUUACUUCACCAUCAGUUUUAUUCGUCAUGGACUGUGACCCCAGCACAAAGUCACCUGUCAUAUCUUUGGCUGUUGAUAACUUGUGUUAUACUCAUGACAAAGAAUCAAAUGAUAUGGAUGCUGAAGCUGAAAAAGUACCUGGAACAGAGAUUGUAUUUGCCCUGACCAGAGAUGCACGCUUGAUCUUGAUAGAUAGCUCCAAUUGCAAUACAAUCAACUCACAGCCAAUUUGUCUGAAAGAAAAUUCAACCGCAAUAAGCAUGCAUUUAAUAGAAAACAAGCACUCUCUCGCUGAAGCAUGUGAAGUUGGUGAUGAAAACAGCAGCCUGAAUCGAAGCAUUUUAUCAGGAGUCAAAGAAGGAUCUCAGAUUUUACUAUGCUGUGAGGAAGAUGUGUUCUUGUACCCUUUAAAGUCUUUGAUUCAGGGGGAAAAUUCACUCAUUCAUGAAUUGAGACUCGAGCAACCAUGUUCGUGGGCAUCCACUUUCAAGAGAGAUGAAGAGAAACACGGCCUCAUAUUAGUAUAUCAAAAUGGAUAUAUUGAAAUAAGGUAUUUUCCAGAGCUUAAACCACUGGGAAGGACCUCAAUGACAUCGAUCCUAAGGUGGAACUUCAAAAACAACAUGGACAAAACUAUGAGCGCCUCCAAGAGAGGGCAGAUCACCGUGGUAAAUGGUUGCGAGUUUGCUUUUGUCUCCAUUUUAGCAUAUGAAAAUGAAUUCAGGAUUCCCGAGACAUUACCUUGCCUGCACGAUAAAGCUGUAGCUGCAGCUGCAGAUCCCGAUUUACACUUUGGUGUAAGCCAAAAGAAGCCACAGGGACAGAGUCAUUUGCCUGGAUUUUUUAGCAAUGUGAUCAAAGGGUUGAAAGGGCGCAAUGGCGAGCAGGAUUUGAAUUACAGCGAAGCCCGUGAAGCUGUAGCCACACAUCUGGAGAAGAUAUUCUCGAGGUUUCCAUUCUCAAGUUCAUAUGAUCUUGAUGACAUGGAACUCGAAAUAGAUGAUGUCAUAACCGAUGAUGCUGUAUUUGUUGAAGUCAAUGACCCCGUUCCUCCAUCAUCAUCCUCCUCACAAAAGAGUCACAGCGACACGAAAGAAAAGGAAGACGAGAGGGCGAGACUAUUUGAAGGCAGCUCCACUGAUGCCAAGCCGAAACUCCGCACACGCGAAGAAAUCAUCGCAAAAUACCGGGGCGGGGAUGCAGCGAGCGCAGCAGCUCAAGCAAGGGACAAGCUCCUCGAGCGCCAGGAGAAGCUCGAGAAACUGAGCAGAGACACGGAAGAGCUCCAGAGUGGCGCCGAGAACUUUGCGUCCCUGGCGCAGCAGAUCGCCAAGAACAUGGAGAAACGGAAAUGGUGGCAUCUUUAAUAUACAGCGGUUUGCAUUCAAUUUGUGUGUGUAUUUAGUUAUUCAUUUAUUUAUACAUGCUGUUUUAGGCAUUCGUAGCAAGCUCUUUCAAGAUUAGGAAUAGGAGAUUAGGAUAGUUUAUAAAUAAAUUUUUUGUCAUAUUUUGUAAUUUUUUAUUUUUUUAUUUUUAAAAAUUGUCUUGUACAUUUAUUUAUUUUCGUAUACAAUGUCAUAAAAACUUUGGAGUUGGUAAAAUCAAUUCUAAAAUAUGGCUGGUUGCCCAGAAUGGUUUGAA